AUGCCCAUGCAACUCAGCAGUUUGAAACACUUUUUGGAGGUUUUAGAUAGACUCAAUGUUGUUGGUCCAGGUCCCCCACAGAGUUUGAUACUCUUGCACAUAUUUACGUACCUCAGAAAGUUUCCCCCAGCUGCUCAACAUGAACAUACCAUAUAA